AUGUCUCAGGAUGAUAGAGAAGUCUGGUUUCUUAUUAAUCAUGCAGAGCGGGAGCUGAAAAAUGCACAUGAUCUGUUGAAAACACACAUAUCGAAUAACCAGGAGAGGGAAGGUGUACUACCAAUAUCUAAUUAUAACACCUUCAUCAAGUCGGCCUUGAACUCCUACUUUAAAGUGUUGAGAAAUUAUACUGGAAUAUUGGACGCUAGCAUCCAAUCGAGUUUAUAUUACAAAACUGCACAUACGUUGUUUAAAGAAUCUAUGAGCUUAGAUCUAGCAUCGGACUAUUGUACUCGUGGUAUUCAAAUAUGCAACAAAAACGAGCCAACCUUGACGCUGACCAAGCUCAAACUAUUAUACCUACAUUUCCAAAUCAAAUUACAACUAAAACCAAUUAAUGAACAAGUGGGGUAUUUGAAUAAUAUCAUUGAAAAUGAAAUUCCAGAGAACUCUAGCUUUGGGAUCUUGAAACUAUUUUUCAGAUUCGUGAAAUUCAAACACUUCAGUUCAUUAUACACAGUAGAGAAAAAUGUCAAAGAAGUCCAAUUGAUUCUUGAUGGUGUGGAACGGUUUUCUUUUGCGAAUUCUACAACUUUUCUCCAAUUGGUACUUGUAAACCUAAUUGAAUACCAACUAAUGAACUCCCAGCCCCUUUCAGAUAUUGAAAAAUGUCUCCACAAGCUGAAACUAAUCAAUGAAAGGUCUAGUGAUCAUCUGCGUAUCCAAUUUACCUCCAUGCAUCAUUUAUUGGAUAUGUAUUUAUCCCUUUAUUCGAUGGAUUUGAAAGCGUUUCAGGAAAAAAGCUUAAAAUGUGAAGAGUUUAGGAAAACUUUGAAAGAAAGAAAAAUACAGCUAGGUUCAAACCUACAAUUUGUUUUAAUAUGUGGGGAUUCACACUUUGUUUUCUAUAGUAAGUGGAUGACAACUCUAGAAUACUUUUAUACCACUACACUCUAUUCAGCCGUGGGAUUCUCCUUUUUUUCAUGGAAGAACAAAAUAGCAGAUACCUUGUUCAAGCGUUUAAGCAACAACGCCUAUGAUAAAAUUCAGAUAUCUGGAAAAAUCGAAACUCUUGAGGACUUUCAACACGAAGUGGUUCGAUUUAAUUACUUGAAAUCAAUCACUUUAUUGCAAAAAAUUCUAUGUGAUUUUACAAACGAUAAAUAUCCCAAUGCAGAUGAGCCUUUAAUUGAAACAGGUCUUGAAGAACUAGUUGAAAAUUUCAAUUCAAAAAGAUUUACAGGCUAUGAAUUAUUGUUCUUUUCAACCCUCAUCCCAUAUAUUAAAUUCAUCCUUGCAAUGGUUUAUCAAAGAAAUGGGCAUUACCUUAAGUCUUUGUAUUAUUAUUCACAAUUAAUCCAAAAAAAACCAGUAUCGAAACCAUCCGUGACUGGUAUGCCUUUGAUGGUUUCUUUUGAUGCACUCUCACUUUAUUCUGUCCUUAAUAGUGUCCCAAUUUUACAGUUUCUUAUUGAAUCUGAAAAGGAUAUUAACAAAAACUUAUCUGAGUUUGAUUUGAACUAUGACCAAUCAAUGAAGAGAUUCAGCAACCUGCUGAGGAUAAAGGACAUAUUAAAGCAAAAAAUUGAGACUCUUUCUUACAUACCUGAAAACACUGACAACCUAUACGUAAAGGCAUCCAUCAAUACAAUCCAAUAUUUUUACUUUUCCAACCCUUGGAUCGCAUCCAACACAGAGCCUUUCAAAGACUCUCCGUUAUUACUUGCUAUCUUGGAAAUGAUCUAUGGCUACACUUAUAAAACGGAUCCUGGGCUAUCUGAAAUAGAUAAUAUCAACAAUAAAAUUAACCAUUUUACAAGGGCUUGUAAAUAUUCAAUUGUGACUGUUGAUUCGGAUUCACACUCAAACAGAUUAGCAAUGUUAGGGUACUGGGAAAUUUGGAAUGUCAUGAAUAAGAAUAAAAACUUGUUUCCAUCUGAACAGAUUGAAAAAGUGUGGGGUAAAUACAGCUAUUUUGCUUCAGAAUCGUCACCUAACCCUAAAAGAGUGAAAUUUAAUUAG